AUUUAAGCAAUAGUCUUCUAAACGAUAACUUCCUGCCUUUAACGAUAGAAACUCCGAGACCCGGUGCAACUGUUUCGUAUUGGGACGUGAGAGCAGCGCCAGUCACGGUUAUAAAUGCGCUGUUACAACAUGCAUAGCAUUAUUAGCAAACCGGCAAAGGCGGCAUUGCCUGCAAGGCGACUUGUUGCGUGCCAGCGCGGCUACCAUACGCGCACUCUGACGGUCCGGGCCUGGUCGACUGGAGAGAAGGCCAAUACAAAUAUUCAUGAGAACGGCGAACGUCGUGUGCGGAGGUAUGAGGCAGAGUUCAGGAUGAUGUCCGGCAGACUAGCCGGUGUCGUACAUCAAGCAGUAUCCGCCGCCGUACACUCGAAUCGCGACAAGGACGGCGGCCGCGCGCCUUCCCGGGAGGUCCUGGAGGCGCACUUUGCGGCCCCGACCCACGCACACGCGGCGGGGCCGACCCAUGGGUCAGCGGCGGCCGCUCCGUCGACUCGUGACGAGGUGGAGGCGGCGGCGGCGCAUGCGCAUGCGCUUCCUCCUUCGCCGGGCACGCCCGCGGGCAUGGCAUCGGCCUUCCUGCGCUGCUUGGAGGCUCAGCUGCAAGCCAGGAAGUACAUGAAUGCAGGUGACGAGGCGGGCGACGUGCUGGGCAGCUUCCCCAGCGCCACCCUGCUGUACUACCCGGGAGGGGGGCUGCAGGCAGUGGUGGAGGAGGUGGCUGCCGCUGCUGCGGAGGCGCACGGCCCCGCGGGUCCCGCGGCAGUGGCGGUGCUGAGGUCGCUGGCGGGCGCGGUGGGCCGAGUGGCGGGGCAGCAGCAGGAGGCCGGGGGGCAGCAGGCGGACAAGGCAGCGUCGGUGGUGACGUGUCUGCUGGGUACGGCCGAGGCGCUCGAGGGCGCCACCAAGACCCUGUCGCCCUCCGCCGCCCUCACCUCCUCCGCCCUCACCUCCUCCGCCCUCACCUCCUCCGCCCUCACCUCCACACCCGCACCCGCCACCACUACUACACACCGCCCUGCCACCCGCACCUCUGCUGCCCCCGCCCCGGGGUUGUACGAGGCGGCGGCGGUGUCUGCGGUGGCGUCAGAGGCGGCGGAGCUGCUGUGGGAGGUGGCGGGGGUGUUGGAGGGGCUGGCAGGCUCCCCCUCCUCCUCCCACACAGCCGAGGGCCACACGCGCUCCCCCUCCGCCCCCGCCCACCCGCUGCUGUCGGCGCUGGAGACCCGGCUGUACGGCAGCGCCACCUGGCAGCCCGACUCGCCAGCUGAGAUUGCCUCCUCCCUGGUCGACACCCUGGCCUCGCUGCUCGCCCCCAGCCACGUGGGCAACACAGCGGCGCAGGGCGGGGCAGCGGCCCGUGGGUCGGCCUGCGCCGCCCUGCACUGCAUGGCUGGGGCGCAGCGGGGGCUGGCGGGGGCGCUGAGGAGCCAUGGGGCCGACCCGGCUGCCGCGAGCAGGCUGCUGUCCGCCCUGGCCGAGGCCCUGGCUGCCGCCUGCAUCACCCGGGACGCCGCCGACCCGCAGCGCGGCCCCCGCCCGCUCACCAUGUUUGGAGAGGCGCAGCUGCUGGUGGGGCUGAGUCGCAUUGCGGCAGCGGAGGGCCCUUCCGCCAGCACCCCCGCCGCCACCGCCGCCGCCCAGGCCGCCGACGCCGCCGCCGGCGACGCCAGCAGCGACCCUGCGCUGGGCGUGAGCGACGCCAGCCUGGUGCUGGAGGUGCUGGCGGGGCAGGCGAGGCAGGUGGCGGCGGCGCACCGGGAGCACAUCGCGCAGGUGCUGCAGGACCUACGUGACGUGCCCCGCAGCCUGGGGGCCCUAUCCCAGCUGCCCGAGGAACUAUCCACCUCCACUCCUGCCCACCAGCGGCCACAACGCACCGCUGCGGCCACCGGCGGCGCCGCCUCCGCAGCAGCAGCAGCAGCUUCGGUGGCAGCGGAGAAUCAGGCGGGGAUGACGUCGGGGGGACGUGUGAGGCCCCGCAAGCGGGCGGGGUUGUAGGGAGGAGGUUGGGUGGUGGGUGGUGUUGCACAUAACGCCUGGAAAGCUCUUUACACAGAUGGCUAGGGACACCGAAGAACUACUAUAAAUGAUAUGCGGCUUUACAUGUCGCACUUCCGCACACCAGUUCACCUGCGGUCUAUCGGUAGAGCUUGCAGUGCUCACAAGUGCAGUAUGGCAUGCUUGGGUUGUGUCCGGGUUAGCUAUGAGGCAUGGCAUGGCAUGAAGACGUUUGUGCAGUGUGUAGGAAGCGGCAGGGGCGGUUGUCGUUGUCCGUCUUCCGGUACAGUUCACAAGUCGUGUAGCGUAGAACCGGUAUGUUGAUUGUUGUGGAUUGUUAGUUGAUUGUGCAUCGUACAUUUCUACUUGUUUUAUGCUGAUGGGGAUUUCCGGAAACGCACGUUCAUGCAGGUUGAUGUGCUGUGUUGGAAAUUUGAUGUUGUUUCGUAAUGUAGUUUAUGCAUGUAUCCUUCUGGGUGAUUUGGUCAGUUUGUUUUGUUAAUGUUUAGUCGAACACUUGCUGUGUUCCCUUCACGCCCCCUUGCUCCUUCCAAAGGGGUGCGAAGGGAGCGCUCCAAUAGUGCCGAAUCCCACACGGGCUGCGGGGUAAGGUGUCCCGUGCUCUUGCCGUACGAUAGCCCCUGUUGCAUGCCAUACGUGUCCACGGCAUUUCGUAGCCUAUGUGCAUGCGCAUGUGUUGUACAUAGUAGCAGCUGUUUUCCGCUCGAGCCGUAGCCGUUGUUGUUUGUUGGUGUUGUCGCUUUGCAUGGCACGGGUUCGUUGCAACGUUGUUCCCCUAUCUAGCAAAGGUUCCCAACCCCUUUGUUGCGCUGUUCCCUUACUGGAGAG